GCCAAGCAGCUCCAGCAAAUAGAAUACGCAUUCAGCCCAGCAGCACAAGUAGUACUCGGUGAACAGUGCAAGUAGCAGCCAGUAGCAAGUCGCAGCCUCAGACCAUUCGACAGUUGACGUCACGUGUAGCCAAAAUCUCAGAACUGGCGACCAAAAAGCGAGGACGAGCUUGACCUCCCAUCUAUCUAUCUAUCUAUCUAUCUACAGUUGCUAUGACUGAGCUGCAUACCAUGUCAGAUGCUGAGGAUGUCCUGAGACCGCUUGACAAUGAGGAGGAAGACCCACAGGCAGAGCUGGCUAAGAUGAAGGCCCAUGUUGCAGCAAUGGAGGCAGAGGCCGCCAAGUUGCGCGAGAUGCAGACACAGCUAGACAAUGAGAACGCCGAGCUCGCAGAGUCAAAGGAGGAUGUGGAUGGCCGGUCAGUUUACGUGGGUAAUGUGGACUAUGGAGCGACACCAGAAGAGAUACAAGCGCACUUUGCGUCGUGUGGACAAAUUAAUCGCAUCACAAUCCUAUGUGACAAGUUCACAGGGCAUCCCAAGGGUUUCGCCUAUGUCGAAUUUGCAGAGCCGGCACUCGUUGCACAGGCUUUGGUACUGAAUGAGUCUGAGUUCCGCGGGCGGGCGCUCAAAGUAACACCGAAGCGGACAAAUGUACCCUUUAUGGGUGCGCGAGGCGGUCGCGGUGGACGAGGAGGCAGAGGCGGUCGUGGUGGUAGAGGCUAUGCGCCGAGAGGGCGUGGUGGGUAUCGUGGAGGGUACCGGGGAGGUCGUGGAGGGGCGCCGUACUAGAGGCCUGCUUCGCCCGGAUGGGCCUACCGCAGUCUGGACUGUUAUCUAUACUCUCUAUAGCUCAGACUACUGGUCAGACCCUUUCAUAGCAUGCUGCCCUUGUCCUAGG